UUUUCACCAGUGACUCCUGCUUUCUUUCAUUUGUAAGAUUAAAUUGCAAAGCACGGGGUUUAGGGGGAAGCGAAAUCCCCAAUCCAAAGAGUCUCGCAUGUCUGAAGAGUCCGCCUAGCAUCCGUCGCUCACGGGGGAAGGCUUCUCUCCAUGAUGGAUUUCAAAUGGUACCGAAGGCAACAGAAGCACUUUCCAGUUGACAAUCCCGGGGAAUUUUACAAAUGUGAAUUCCUGCAGGGCUCCCACCCAGGGAGAUAAAUGGGGGCCACUUUGACCUGCCGCCUGGGGCCAAGAUUCUUGGUCUAUGUCAGCUGUGCGCUUUCUAUAUGGGGAGACCGGAUGUGGCACUUUGCUCUGUCUGUGUUCCUGAUAGAGUUAUAUGGUCGCAACCUUCUUCUGACAGCAGUUUUUGGCUUAGUAGUAGCCGGCUCAGUGUUGAUGUUUGGGGUUUUAAUUGGAGAUUGGAUUGACAGAAAACCAAGAAAUAAAGUUGCCCACGCAUCCCUGUUCCUUCAGAACUCCUCGGUCACUGCCUGCUGUGUGGUCCUCAUGCUGGUGUUCUCUUACAAAAGUGAGAUCGAAGGCGUUUGGCAGGGCUGGCUCAUGGUGGCCUGCUACGUGGCAGUGAUAAUCUUAGCAGAUCUGGCCAACCUGGCCAGCACAGCCCUGACCAUCACCAUCCAGAGAGACUGGAUUGUGGUCAUCACUGGGGACAACAGAAGCCAGCUUGCUGGGAUGAAUGCAAUGAUUCGAAGAAUGGACCAAAUCAUCAACAUCUUUGCCCCUCUCUCUGUGGGACAGGUGAUGACGUGGGCAUCUAACGUCAUUGGUUGUGGCUUCAUCCUGGGAUGGAACUUGGUGUCUCUGCUGGUUGAGUUCCUCUUUCUGUCGAAGGUUUAUCAGUUUGUCCCUCAGCUGGCCGUCAAACCUCGGCGGUGCACAGGGGACAGCUUUCUCAAAAGGCAACUGGAACUUGUCAGCUCUCAAGGGGAAAUUCACUCUUGCCCAGCCAUGGACGAGUUCGCCGACGUGCCCAAGACUUCGGAAGCCCCGGAGGACCAGCCGUCUCCUCUGGAAGCCCAGCAGGACACGACUUCCCGCUUUCCCCUGGGCCUGCGGAAGAUGCAGAGAUUAGUGCGAACGUGCUGCGAGGGCUGGAAGACCUACUGCAGGCAGACGGUCUUCUUGGCGGGGCUGGGUCUGGCCUUCCUGUACACGACCGUGCUGGGCUUUGACUGCAUCACCACGGGCUACGCCUACACACAGGGCAUCGGGGGCUCCCUGCUCAGCCUGCUCAUGGCCAUCUCCGCCUUUUCGGGCCUUGUCGGCACUCUCCUCUUCACCAGGCUGAGGAGGUCCUAUGGUUUGGUGCACACGGGCCUCAUCUCCAGCUGCCUCCACAUUGGCUGUUUGCUGCUCUGUGUCUUCUCCGUGUUCGCCCCCGGGAGUCCCUUUGAUCUGGGUAUUUUCUCUCUUCCACUAAGCCAGAACUCUUCCCUAAGUCACAAGAUGCUAAAAGGGAGCCCAGUACGUGGUUCCCCCUUUGAGAGGAACAUCAACCAGCCUAUCCUUCCUGGCCGCUCCACCAUCCACUGGACCAACAAUACCGUUCUGAUGGAUGGAGCCCAGGAGAGCAGCGAGCCCGAGUCCUACAUCUCCAUCAUCUUGCUCUUCUCAGGGGUGAUCCUGGCCAGAAUCGGUCUCUGGUCCUUUGACCUCACGGUAACUCAGCUCCUUCAGGAAAACAUCGCAGAUUCGGAACGCGGCACCGUGAAUGGCGUGCAGUGUUCCAUGAACUACCUGAUGGACCUCAUCCAUUUCAUCCUCGUCAUCCUGGCCCCAGCUCCUCAACAAUUUGGGCUGUUGGUGUUCAUUUCCAUUUUCUUUGUGAUCAUGGGGCAUACCAUGUAUUUUGUUUAUGCACGUAGAUACAGGAGUCAAAGUCCACAUACCCAGAAGCCACCAGAGAGAGACAGAAAAGCCUUUUUAACUUGAGAAAUCCUUCUUUCCGGAAAAAAUCUCCCAUUAGAGAAUUUCCUCACAUAAAACUGAUCAGAUUUCACAAGCAGAGUUUCUAGCCACUUCCCCACUGGUUCGCCACUCCACAUUCAUUCAUUCGAUCAAUCACGCGUUCAUUGACUAAUUCAUACAACGUGCUCACCUUCCCUGUCUGGGGUGACUCAAUAAUAAGGUGAUUGCCAUAUUGUCCAAAAUCAAGGAGGUGGGCUAGAAAAUCAAUUGUAGUUCUCUCCAUAUCUAAAGAGAUGUAGAAAACAGUCCCUCCCUCUCCAUCCUCACCCAAGACAUGAAUGUAGAUGAAUACCAAACAAAUUGGAAGAGGACUACAUGAAACAUGUAGGAAUGCUAUGAGAUGUGGUGAGAGAGAAAUAACUUCCGACUUUUCGGAGGAUGUAGCGUUCCAGCUGGCCUGGAAGGACGGAUAAAAUGUAUAUAUUAUCUACAGUUUGGACACCACUUCAACUUAAGUCGAUUCUUUAAAAAUCUCUUCUUGGUAAUGUCAUCUGAGCAUCUAUAUCUUGUAAUGUAGGUUGGUUUCCAUAGCUCAGCCAGAGGAAAAAGAACCAUCUAUGUAUAUAAAUGCUACAGCUAAAAUUCAAACUUGGAUGGAUGUCAGGAUUAUCCAGUAGAAGGUCUGAUCAUAUUUUUUUUCCAAUUCAGUCCAACUGUUUUCAACAAAGGUUUAUCAAGUGCCUACUCUAUAUGGCACUGCGAUGAGCACAAGAUACAAAAAUAAAACUGAAACAUUUUCAGCCCUCAGGGAGCUUAUAAUCUACUGGUAAGGAUAUAAUUCCAAAAUAAUUUCAGUAGGGAGAAUGUACUAACAACUGGAGCCAGAGGCUGAGAAAGAUCUCAGAUAUGGCCCUGAGCUGAGCCUUGAGGAAAGUCAGAUAUCCUAAAAGGCACAUUUCAGAAGGGACAGCAUUGCCAGCGUGGGGACAGACAGGCUGUCUGUCCCCCAGUGGCGGAAGAUGAACUGUUGGAUUUGAGUUGAUAUUGGACCAGUUGGACCAGAAGACUGAGUGUAUGAAGAAGAGUAACUGGGGAAAAAAUCUGAAAAGAUAGAUGGGUGCUAGUUUAUAGAAGAUUUCAAAUGUCAGGCUGAGGAUCUUGUAUCUUCUUCUAAAGGCAAUGGGGAGCUGUUGAAGAAUGAGCCAGUGUAAUCAGAACUAUAUACUGAUUGAUUUAGAAGCUGGGUGAAGGACAGAUUGGGGAAGGGAAAGACUUGAAGUAGGGACACAAGUUAAAAGAUUGGGGUCGUGUUUGUGAAUGGGAGAAGAGGAAACAGAUGUAAAAGAUGUUGUGAAAGUAGAAUUGACGGGAUUUGGUGAGUGAUUGGAUCUUGGAGAUAGAAUCACAAAUGAGUAGGAAGUUGUGAAGCUGGAUGAUUUUAACAUGGGGGUGCCACAGCAUAAAAGGGAAGCCUGGAGGACAGAUAAUUAUGGGGUGAAAUAAAAGCAGGAAUAAUACUCAAGAGAAAGAUUAGGGUCGGAUAUAACCAGAGACAGAAAUUCUAUAUUUAUUUAUAUUUAUAUAGAAAUGACCAUUUUGCCCAUAGGGGCAAGUGAGAUAAUUGGAGAAAAAGAAGAUCCCAGAGAGUCUUGGAAUUACUCAGACCUAGCUAAUGGGGUGUGGAUGGUGAUCCAGCAAAGGAGACUGAGGAAGAAUGGUCAGAUAGGCAGGGGGAGGAGGGCCAAAGCAGACAAAGCCAGGAGAGGAGACUGACUAAUAGUGUUCAAAGUUAUCAGGAGAUCAAGGGAAGGCAAGGGUCCCAUUGAGAGCUUGUUGCUUAAUUGAUGGCAGUGGAGAAGCCCCAUCUUCUCAUCUGAAUGUGUCAAUAGCAGCUGGACCUUAAUAAGACCAAUUCUAUGGCUCCCAAUUGCAAAUUUCUGCUCUUUAAGUCUUAAAGUAAAGAUUAGUCAGAGAUUCCUAGAGGCUGUUAGCAUAGCAAAAUGGUAUUUGGUAAGCUUGCUAACAUGCUUCUGCUUGUACUUCUACCCCACUCCUGGGGGUAAUUGUAGGUUAGGAACGAGCAUAGCUCACUUCUGUAGUAUUUUAGGGUUUGUAAAGUACUCUGCUCACAACAGCCACCAUCUUUCCCACCCACUACCACGGGGUAGAACACGUAUUCUUUCCCCCAUUUUACAGUUAAAGAAACUGAGUGUCAGAGCUGCUCAAGGGCCACAUAACUAGGAAGCAUCAGAGUCAGGAUUUGAACGUGGAUUUUUCCUGACUCCAGGUCCAGCCCAUGCUACCUCCACAACUUACAGCACAUGGGGAUGAUCCUUAUCCUGUGUGAUGAUGACCUCGGAUGAAAUGCAACCAUUUGUGAUGUCAACAAAGGAGAUCAUUAUAGCUUUAUUCAUUGCCAGGGAGCAUUUGAUAGCUAGUGAUUAUUAGCUGUGACAUGUAUGUUAUGGGCCAGACCCCACAUCUGGCUCUUUCCAUCCAUCCUCACUUUGAUGACUGAGUAAGAAUUCCAAUUAUACAAACAAAAACAACACAAAACAACUUUACUAACAGAAUUACUGUGGCUUCUAAACACAUCAACAUGAAUGAGUUGUCACCAGUGAAGACUAAUGAAUCAUGACUUUCUUAUUAGUUAUAAAUCACCAACACUGAAAACUGUUGCAAAUUAUCUUAAUUUCUCUCUCUUUAAAAAAUUACAUCCAAAAGUAAGCAAAAAUGUGUGUGGUGGUUUAAAUGGGAAAUGACAUUAAUUGCUACCUUACUGAGGGGUUCAAAUUUCUGUGUCUGCUUAGAAAGCAAAAUAACAUGGCUGGUAACUGUAAGGUUCAUUUGAGUCUUAGUCACCGACACCCAAAAGUAUUAGUAAAAGGAACUCCAAAUUUGGGAACCAUCGGUAACAUAUAAAUAGCACAUCAGCUGGCUAGCUUUGUAGAGGAACAUGGUAUUAAUAAGGGGUGAAAAACUCCAUUUAUACCUAAAACUGCAGAAGUACGACAUAAUGAAUAUAGGCUGAAAGUACACCAAACGGAUGUAUUUUUGCUGCGGAAAGAAGCCACCAAAUGAAUGAGAUUGUUAUUUUAGAGUAUAAAGUUGUAUCUCCUACCACUCGCUCACCUCCAGUUGAAAACGUGGAAAGGACAGGAUCUUGUGAAUAUCUUUGCUUGCAUUUCUCAGUUAGGCCUAUUAACACUUGAUAUAAUAAAUCCUGGUGAUAGUUGCCUUAAAAAAAAAAAA